UCUACAUUGUGUCAGAGCAUCUAUGGAUGGUGUUGCGGUAAGGGGUAUCACGUGAUCUGAGCUAUUGGAAUAACUUCGUCAAUGCCACCGUAAACUACCUACCGAGCCUCCAAAUGUACAGGAAACAAUUCAAUAGCUAACUACUUCAGGACGUAUCCUAAUUUCCAUAGCCAACCAAUCAAGCAUGAGAAAUUUAGAUGGAAAUUUGCUCAAGAAAGACGCACAUGUUAACUAACCCCUGGAUCCAAAGUUGACCCUCAAGGUUCAAAAAGCGACGGUGGUUGUUUUCUUUUUUGCGCAAGUAAAAAUCAAUUUAAUUUCUCGUGGCAGCGAAAAAUAUCGGGCUUAGCCCGGUUUGCUCACAUAGGCAGGUACUUGUACCUAGUGCCUAGACCAGACUUAAAGCUUUUCAUUAGAUCUUUUGAAAUUUCCAGACGGUCUUUGCAGCCAGUCCGAUUCAGGGGGAGGAUUUUCCCACUAGCUCCGCGCCACACUAGUCAAGCAACCUGCUCUCUUAGCCACCAUCCGUUGCCUUUAUUUUUUCUUCUUUGUCUAUCCCUCAUUAUAUUUUCUCUACUAGGUACCUAAUCUAGAUAAAAGUCUAGCUCAUAACUUACCUUUACUUUUGAAAGUGUCAGCCAUGGAUAACUGGCGCGAACAAUCGAGCUGGCGGACCCGGGACCCGGCAGCGGCUGGCGCUGCCACUGCUCCCACCUCAGACAAGCCAGCACGACCGCAGCAGCCCCCCCGGCCGCUCUCAGGCCGCCUAACCGCCCCGUCAUGGCGCACAAGCGGGGCCUCUCCCAGCACCAACAACGACGAUAACGACGACGCUCCUCCCCGCGAGCAGCAACAGCGCCGCCGGGACUUCCCCUCGGGCACCGGCACGCGGCCCUCGGACCGACGCGCGCGGACCUCAGCACGCCCGCAGUCAGAGGAGGAGAGCGCGGCGGCCGUCGCCAUCGCCGAGGGCCGGCGCAUCUACAUCGGCAACCUGCGGUACCAGGCGAAGCCGGACGACAUCGCGACGGUGCUCAAGGCCAGCGGCUUCGACGCCUUCGUGCGCAUCCACAUGUCCGUCGACCCCUUCACCGGCCGCAACCCCAGCUACUGCUUCGUCGAGUUCGCCGACAAGGAGGUCGCGGCCAGCGCGAUGGAGACGCUCGAGGGCAAGCUGUUGCUGGGCCGCGAGCUCAAGUGUCGGCCUUGCGUGCCGAAGGGGGCGCAGAGUGGUGGUGCUGGUGCUGGUGGUGGGGGGUCGGCGGGUGGUGCUGGACGCCAGGGGGGAAGUGAGGGGUUGAGUCGCUGGGGCGAUUGGUCGGAGAGGAAGAAUGGUGGCGGUGCUGAUGGUGGUAGAGGGAGAGACAGGGUUCGGGGGGGCCGGUUGGAGGGAGAGGACGAUGUGGUAUCGUCGGCCUUCAGGUACCAGAAGGAUUUCACCGGCAAGCGUUUAUACGUGGGUGGCUUGCCUAGGAUGCUUGACCAGGCGACCAACUUUGCGGAGAUGACCGAGUUGUUCAAGGAUUAUAAAGUUGAGGCGAUCAGCAAAAGGGUCUCCGCCCACGAGUCAACGCGCACCAAACCAGGAUGUCACGACUAUUGUUUUGUCGACUUCGCCACGUCGAACGAAGCUGAAGAGGCUUUGAAAAGCGUUAACGGCACAGAGUUUCUCGGAGGGCCUUUAAAGGUGUCACUUGCGAAUGGGAGGAGUAGCAAGUGGCAGGAAAGGGAAAAAGUCGAUAGUGGAGACUCAGAUUUACGCGUAGAGCAAGCAGUGUAAGUUGCGGAAUGUAGAGAAACCCAUAGUAAUCACUUGUCUCGUAUGCAGUCAAAGUGCCUUUACAUACAUCCACCCCAAAAACACACAUAUCUUAUUUCCCU